GUCUUGCCACUCUUCAAAUUCUCCUUAAACGGUGUCGUUUUGCUUCCAUUACUAUACUUAGCUCCUCCACUCCAAAACCUCGCAAAGGCCUCUCAAGCGAUGGAAUUCGUCAACCCCGAAGGUCUCCGCCUUGACGGCCGCCGGCCCACUGAAUUGAGACAGAUUCGAGCAGAGCUCGGCGCCGUCGCCAAAGCAGACGGUUCCGCUGUGUUUGAGAUGGGAAACACCAAAGUAAUCGCUGCUGUUUAUGGCCCCAGAGAGAUCCAAAAUAGGAGCCAACAAAUCAGUGACCAAGCGCUGGUGCGUUUUGAAUACAGCAUGGCUAAUUUCAGUACCGGAGAUCGCAUGAGAAGACCAAAGGGUGACAGUAGGCGAUCAACGGAGAUAUCUCUAGUACUUAGGCAAACCAUGGAAGCUUGUAUCAUGACACAUUUAAUGCCUCGUUCCCAGAUAGAUAUUUUUGUCCAAGUUCUGCAAGCAGAUGGAGGAACUCGAUCUGCAUGCAUAAAUGCUGCAAGUUUGGCCCUUGCAGACGCUGGGAUCCCAAUGCGCGAUCUUGUUACUUCUUGUAGUGCUGGAUACCUUAACAGUACUCCUUUGCUCGAUUUGAAUUAUGUAGAAGAUAGUGCUGGAGGCGCUGAUGUCACAGUUGGGAUUUUUCCGAAGUUGGACAAAGUGACUCUUCUUCAGAUGGAUGCGAAGUUACCGCUGGAUAUUUUCGAAAAUGUCAUGCAACUAGCAACAGAAGGGUGCAAGGCAAUAGCAACAGAACUAAGAGAAAUAUUGUUGGAGAACACAAAGCAAUUGGAAUAUCGGCGAGGGGGAUAAAGUCUUAUGCAAGAUGGUUCAGACUUCAGCUUUGCCCUGAUUGCUGUUAUACCCAAUUCCUCAGUCCAUAACUCCGCCGUUGUUGUUUUUUUUUUUUUAAUCGAUUAUUGUUUUUAGUUUAAAUCAACUAAGGUAAUGGGUAGAUACCCAGCCAAAGAGGGGGGAAAACCCCUUGCGGGCAUUUGGUAUGGGGUAAUCAUAGAGGUGGGAAUGAAAAUCUUUCAGAUUCCCAUGUUUGGUACAAUUAUUAGACUUUUUUAAAACAAAGUGAAGCCCAUAGGUUUCACAUUACCCCAUUUUGCGGUAAUCCUGAUCC